CAAAAUCAGCAAAGUAAUAAGAAAAUUGGCACAUAACACAAAAUUAUUAUAAAAUAAUUAUUCAUAAUCUAUAUUAUGUAAAUUGCAAGUAAAAAUGAAAAUUGAAAUCUGCAACCAUCAAUCCUUAAUAAUAAGACAAUGAAUUUAAUUAAAUUAGAGUAACCGCCAUUUGAGAUAUGAUUUUUCAUGAAAAGCGGGUAUGAAAUUGGUUGGAUAUGCUCUCUGUUAUCAGAUCCGGUCGUGCAAUUGCUAAUUUGCCUAAAAAGACGCUAGAAUCAUCUCCACUGCGGCCAAUCCAAAAAAAAGUUAUGACUACUUCUACUACCAAAGGUCGCUCCGACAUGUACGACACUAGAAAGUAUAGUCCCUGUUUACCAAAAUUCGAUACGAUGACAUGUUUCGAACCCCUACCGAAUAUUCCGACUGGUGUAUUCAGAUGCACGACUGGCGAAGACAGAUUGGGCCCUUGCGCUUCCAAAUGUUGGUAUUACAAAAAUCCAGAAUACUUUUGCUUCCACGAUAUGACAUUUUUCGACUUCCACUUGAUCUUGAGAGGUUGUCGUAUGCCUUCUCCAAAAACCGGCAGAAAACCGUGAGGAAAGCCGAGACAGCUCAACGCUCAAUUUUACAUUAUUUUGUGUGUAAGAUCAAAUUUACAUUUAUGUGACUGUACACAGAUAGUGUAAAAUUACUGUUUGUAGAGGUACAUCUUCUUGGAAAUCAAUGUCAUAUUGUGUGACAUGUCUCUUGAAUUCUCGUCUUGCGCACUUUUCGCAAACACUCACACAAAAGCAAAACUGAGCGUUCAAGCUGAUCAGUGUAAAUAUGUAUGCUAAAGAAUCUUGUUUAUGAAAACAGUAAAUAGUUUAGAAAAACAUUGAAAAUUGCUAUGUUUAUACUUUUAACACAACCUAUUAUAGAAAGAAGAAUUAGUAGAUUUGUGCAAUUUUGUAUGAUGUUAUGUAUUUCUAACGAAAAAAAAACUCUUAACAACUAGUUAUAUCGAGGCUACGGACCGUGAAAUUCAAUGAUGCUAUUCUAAAGCGGUACUGAUAGAUGACGUCUUGGAGUAAUUAGCAUCGCGAUAUUGCAUUUGUUGCGGUAUGUUGCGCGCUGGCGAGAUGAGGCGGCAGUUGACAGGUUGUGGUAAACAUUCAAUGGAUUUACUGCUUUUCUCUCAUGCAUCAUUAAACGGUACACUGCUACUAGUAUUAUUGUAGUAUUGUUUUAGAAAUUAACUUGUGACAUUCUGGUAUAGCGAUUAACAUAAGUUGUUAUUAACAUAUACGUUAAAUGGUAUGUUUAUAAGUUACAUUAGUCUACGUUCAGUCGACAGCACACUGAUAAAUUCACGGUUAUUACUGCAUCAUAUAAAGAAGAAAAGAACAGCAGCCUAAAAGACAACCUGAUAUACAGUUGACUGAAUACAGAGCGGUGACCUGUCCCUGAAGUAGCUUACAUAAAGGAGUCGGCGCGCUGAGUUCUCUAAGAAAAAGUUACUUUAGAAUUUUUGAUUUAUUAGAAUUAUUUAAUAAAGUAAAGCUCAGAUAAGAAAGUUGGAACAGACAAGCGGUUAUUAUGUAAAAAUUAGCUUUAUAAAAAGGAAACAAUCAAGUAAAACUGAAGUCCAAACAAGGUUUAAACAAUAAGACAUUAUCAAGUAAUUACCGUCACGCAUAUAACUCCACUACAAUACAGAUAGCUACAAUUUUUUUUCUGCAAUACAAUACAUUCACAUAACCCCACUCAGACGUCAACAUGUCUAGGAAAACAAACAGUUUGUAUUUUAUCACCAUAAUAUGGCGAUAAUUUUAUUUAGUCACUGUGAAAGAGCACAUAAUUCAUCAUUUACAUUCAUUAGUAAAAAGCAAAAAAUAAUUAAGUAAAGAGCUGAAGAAUGCCUCGUCUCGUCGCUCGUUUUGAGAAGUUGUUAUUGACUAGAAGGUUCCAAAUCCAAUAGUCAUGUGCUUUAUUUGUAUACCUACUCUUUCUCUCAUCUCCGCAUAUUACCUGUUUCGUUCGGGGCUGUGACGCCGCUAAUCCUUCAACGUAAACUUAAAAUUUUGAAGAUUAGGUUGUAAUUUUACAACCAGCCGGCUGCCUGAAGUCAACCCUCCUUAUGAAUGCUAUGGUUGCCUGUCAGCUGCCUAGGCUUUAUUUAUAUCCUAUGCCUGGCUAAUAUUCAAUAACUAUACCUAUACCCACUUACAGACUAUAAAUGACUACAUACCUAUUUACCUUAACGCUAGGUAGGUACUGUUUUCAGUCCCGAAUGACAAAAAAUAUAUAGUAUAAAUAGUGAGUGUAAACACAGCCUCAAGUGAUCAAAUUUAUUUCAAAAAUAAAUUAUUGUUUCGAAAUUCUUACACUAUAUUUUAUUGUUAUAUAGGAAAUGUAGGUUAUGUAAAAUUGUUUGCCAAAGAAAACUAAGAUAUUUGAAAUAAACUUUCACCCAAAAUUAAGAGAAUAAUGCAGUUAUCAAGCCAUUGGAUUCGGCUUUACACCAUUUUGACGUUCCGACGUAACUGACUAAUUGCAAUUUGUCGGUAGACUUCCACCAAAUUAUUUUAUUUCAGACUUAAGAAUUCAAGUAUUGGACUAAAUUAGCAGCAACCCAUGCUGUUACACGCGGACAUCAGACUUUUUGACCAAAUUCUACGAAAAUUGCGUACUUUCGGGAUAAGGUCACCUUCGAUUUCGGUAUUACGAUAAUCGCUAUUCCAAUAAAGGUACAUAGCCUAAAUUGCUUUUGUACCAAUUUUCAUCGAAAUCAAGGACAGUAGUAUUUGAGUUUUUUCAUUGUACAGAUAUACAAAUCUCUCUAAACAACACAGAUAUUGAUAAAGGUUAUGAUAUUAUGACACAGCGAAAUUCGUUGAUGUCGCAUAGCCUCAACUUACUGCGAUUAGGGUGGACAUGAAUGACUAACGACGGCGAUUUGUUUUGUGACCAUAAAUAGCUGUCUAGACCGAAACUAAUGUGAGGUAAUGAUAUUGCGCAGGUGCUUGUACGUUAGAAAACUGAGAAAGUGGUUGUUUAGAAAUUUUUGAUUAUCCGAAUACAUAUGAUUUGUGCGUCUCGUUACCCAAGUCCUGAAAGCUGAAAGUGCAUCAUCAUCGUCAUUAAGUUCGGACUUUGGGUCUUCAGACACAUAGGCCUCCUCCAUGACUCCCUGUCUCCAUUCUUUCUCAUGUUAUAACCGACAUGCUUCGGGAUAGCGCCCACGUAUCUCUCUGUUGGUAAGUGCAUAGAAGUCCGAAAUCUUCUUUUAGAUAAUUUCCCACACAUGGCAGCGUCGGCACAAUACCUGUGCCAAUUUGUUCUGUCACUUGCGAUUUAAAUCGUUACUUGCCUUCUUAUUCAUACUAUACUUGACACACUCCAUCGACUUCUUUGGUCUUCUUCGAGAAGAAUAUUCGAUCAGGAUUUUCUGAUACAAUUUUUUUAAGAACCUCAGAAAAGUUAACGCGAAAAUAAAACUUUAUAUUUUUCUGUUCAGUAUAUUAAAUUCAUUUGCAAGAUUUCAUAAUAAACUCAAAGCAAUCCAAUCUGUAAACUAAAACAAUAGCAAUACAACAAUCAUUUUCAGGUGGUUUCAAUGGCAGCUAAAACGGUGUGAUAUUUUACUACAAUAACUACCUACAACUAGCUACAUUUCUCCCGGCGAAGGUAUUGGUCUAUUCUAAAGUGUGGGUUCUGCUAUAAGUAAGUAGUGGUAAUAGCUUCUACGAAAUUGCUGCCUUUGGCGAGUUUCUCGUACCCUUUCUAUUGUAAUGUGUGUGUCUUCUGGAAAUAAUUUUACUAUAUCUAUGGCCUUAUUAAGGAAAAGAUCAAAAUAUAUGGAGAGACGAUUUUGAUACUUUUCUGAUUAGUUAAACAUGGCUUUGUAUAAAGACAAUUAGAAACCUUUGUCCCAGCAGUGAGAAAAAAAGACAGAUAUCUACAGCGCGAAGCCUCGAAGCUUCAAAAGACUCAGAAUACAGAUCUGCAAAGAGGUUGAAUUACGACAAGUAAAUCAUGUAAUGGGUACAAGGUCUUAAUUUUUUUUAUAUAAUAAGACAAUGCUAAACAAUAUAGCAUGGGAAAAAAUGCGAUAGUGUAAUUAUUAUGUAAGUUAAUUUUAAUUAACGUGUAUUACUAGAAUAUCUAUUACAUGCGUAGAACUAACACCUAUAGCUUAAAUUAACUAUAUUUUUCGAGUGUGACAUGCAUCUGACAUGACUUUUACGAUUACAUACUGCGUUUAGUAGCAAGUAAUCACAUACACACUAAUGAAUGAAACUGUCAACCAAUGUGCCGGUUUCCUCACGGUAAGAUCAAAUGAUCUUUAGUAUAUCAAGAUCAAGUGUUAAUAAAGUAUAUUCACAUAUCAAUUUAAAUA